CUCCAACAUCUUAGCGCGUCCUGAAUGUAGUGUGUCGCUAUCUUAUGACGUCUUUCCUACGUCACGCGGCCGAAUAGCAUCAAGAUGGCGGCGUCUGUGAGACAGGAUCUGACCCAGCUGAUGAGCUCUAGCGGGUCUCACAAGGACCUAGCUGGGAAAUACCGUCAGAUUUUGGAGAAAGCCCUUCAGCUUAUUGGACCAGAGCAGCUUGAAGCCCUCAAAGCCUUUGUUGAAGCAAUGGUGAAUGAGAAUGUCAGUCUAGUGAUUUCUCGCCAGCUGCUUACAGACUUUUGUACACAUCUUCCAAGUCUGCCUGAUGGUAUUGCCAAGGAGAUUUAUCAUUUCACCCUUGAAAAGAUCCAGCCACGGGUCAUUUCUUUUGAAGAGCAGGUUGCAUCGAUUAGACAGCACUUGGCAUCCAUUUAUGAGAAGGAGGAAGACUGGAGGAAUGCAGCACAAGUCUUAGUUGGGAUACCAUUGGAAACAGGACAGAAGCAGUACAAUGUUGACUAUAAACUGGAAACCUACCUAAAGAUUGCCCGACUAUACUUGGAGGACGAUGACCCAGUACAAGCUGAAGCAUACAUUAACCGAGCCUCCUUGCUACAGAAUGAGUCAACCAAUGAGCAGCUACAAAUCCACUACAAGGUUUGCUAUGCCCGGGUACUAGACUACAGAAGGAAAUUCAUAGAGGCUGCGCAGAGGUACAAUGAACUCUCAUACAAAAACAUAGUGCAUGAGACAGAGCGGAUGGAAGCACUUAAGCAUGCAUUGCAUUGUACCAUCCUUGCCUCUGCAGGUCAGCAACGUUCCCGAAUGUUGGCAACACUGUUCAAAGAUGAGCGAUGCCAACAGCUUGCUGCCUAUGGAAUUCUGGAGAAGAUGUACCUUGACAGAAUCAUCCGAGGAAACCAACUGCAAGAGUUCGCUGCUAUGCUCAUGCCACAUCAGAAAGCAACUACUGGUGAUGGUUCAAGUAUCUUGGACAGAGCGGUCAUAGAACAUAAUUUGCUAUCAGCAAGCAAACUGUACAACAAUAUUACAUUUGAGGAGCUUGGUGCAUUACUAGAAAUUCCUGCUGCCAAGGCAGAAAAGAUAGCAUCUCAGAUGAUCACUGAGGGCCGAAUGAAUGGAUUCAUCGAUCAGAUUGAUGGCAUUGUCCACUUUGAGACUCGUGAGGCGUUACCUACGUGGGACAAACAGAUCCAGUCAUUAUGUUUCCAAGUCAAUAACCUCCUAGAAAAGAUCAGCCAGACAGCACCAGAGUGGACUGCACAGGCCAUGGAGGCUCAGAUGGCCCAGUAAAGACCGUUUCUAUGGAUUUUUUUUUUUUUUUAAUGCUUUAGUGUUAUACAGUCAAACUGUGUGAUAACAAUGCACUUAGGGGACUUUAUAAAUAUUCUUUUACCUUUAAACAACUGUUGGACAUUGACAAUUUGAGAUUUUUCUAGUUCCUUAAUGACGGAAAAUAUAGAUUUUAUUAAAGACAGGAGACGAACAUUAUGCAAAUUCUUUCUUUACUACUUUGAUAGCAGCACAGUAAGGGUUAAUAAAAGUAACUGUUACAGAGAAAAAAAUAUGCAAAGUAGCUAUCGGAGUAACAACCUUUAUCGGAGUAUCAGCUUUCAGCAUAGGUAAUAGCAGAUGACCAAAGUCCUCUUUCUUUGAUGCUGAGAAAUACAGGAAUACCAGAACGUAAAAUUAACUGAAGAAAAAAAUAACAUCUGUAGUUCAUAAAGAAAUUUAAUUGAAGAGUCAAAAUGGAAACUGUGUUGAAAUAAACAACGAUGAAUUGUAGAGAACCAAAGUCGGGUUAAAACGGGAGGGAUAAUGUUCGUCUCCUGUCUUUUAAUAAAAUCUAUAUUUUACAUCAAGAAACUAGGAAAAUCUAAAAUGUUAUUACAAGAUCAGGAGACUUCACAUUAUGCAAGCUCAAAGCAUAAACAAUACUACUAAUUAACAAAAGAUACAUAGUCAAAUCAAUACCAUAGAAACGUGAGAGUCAGGGCAAAAAGAGAAUGUUUUAAAGGUGGAUUCAGAUGACCAAUCAGCUGCUUUAAGGAUGUCAGAUAAAGAAAAGAGUGAUGGGAAAAAUAAGAUGUCAGAGGGGAUGGAAAAAUGUCUCCUAAGGGAAUACUUUUGGAUAAAAUAUUUAAUAAAUGCAAUAAUUGGGCAAAAAUGCGAGGAGAGAGAUGAACAAACGUCACUUAUCUUUGGCGUAGCAGCAAAGAAAGUUAUUACUGAAAGCUGAUUGGUUGUUACUCAGAUAGCUACUUUGCAUAUUUUUUUCUCUGUAACUGUUACUUUUAUUAACCCUUACUGUGCUGCUAUCGAAGUAGUAAAGAAAUUAGCAUAAUGUGAUGUCUCCUGAUCUUGUAAUAAAAUUUGAAUGCAGUCCUACAAAUGAACAGCAGAGAACAUAUGUGUAUAACAUGGCACCAGUGUUUUAGUGGCAUGCUCCUGAAAUAAAGGAAAUGUAAAAUAAAAUCUUGUCUAUCCUGACUUGUUA